AUGGUGAGAUUUUCAAGCAAAUAUGUUGGCGUUUUAGCUGUGGUGUUUGUGUUAGUGUUGGGGUUAGCAGAGUGUAGAAAAAUAGAAAAAGAUGGCUUAGGAGGUGGUGCUGGAGGAGGUGGAGGCUUUGGUGGUGGCGGUGGCCUCGGAGGAGGAAAAGGUGGAGGAAUAGGUGGCGGUGUUGGAGGAGGGGGUGGUGCUGGCGGUGGCUUCGGAGGAGGCAAGGGUGGAGGUGGAGGUAUUGGAGGUGGCAAAGGCGGGGGCAUUGGGGGUGGUGUAGGUGGAGGUUCUGGUGGUGGCCUCGGAGGAGGAAAAGGUGGCGGUGUUGGAGGAGGAGGUGGUGCUGGCGGUGGCUUCGGAGGAGGCAAGGGUGGCGGUGGAGGUAUUGGAGGUGGCAAAGGUGGAGGCAUUGGGGGUGGUGCUGGCGGUGGCUUCGGAGGAGGUAAGGGUGGUGGUGGCGGCGUUGGAGGUGGCAAAGGUGGGGGUAUUGGGGGUGGUGUAGGUGGGGGCUCUGGUGGUGGCCUUGGAGGAGGAAAGGGUGGUGGUGUUGGAGGAGGAGGUGGUGCUGGCGGUGGCUUUGGAGGAGGCAAGGGUGGCGGUGGCGGCGGCGGCGUUGGAGGUGGCAAAGGUGGGGGUAUUGGGGGUGGUGUAGGUGGGGGCUCUGGUGGUGGCCUUGGAGGAGGGAAGGGUGGCGGUGUUGGAGGAGGUGGUGGUGCUGGCGGUGGCUUCAGUGGAGGCAAGGGUGGUGGUGGAGGUAUUGGAGGUGGAAAAGGUGGAGGCAUUGGGGGUGGUGCUAGCGGUGGCUUCGGAGGAGGCAAGGGUGGCGGCGGCGGCGUUGGAGGUGGCAAGGGUGGGGGUAUCGGGGGUGGUGUAGGUGGGGGCUCUGGUGGUGGCUUCGGAGGUGGAUCCGGAGGAGGUGGUGGUGCCGGUGUCGGUGGGGGUGCAGGAGGUGGAGCUGGUGGCGGCUUUGGAGGUGGCAAGGGUGGUGGUGGAGGCAUUGGAGGUGGAGCUGGAGGUGGUGGUGGUGCAGGAGGAGGAUUUGGUGGAGGAGCCGGAGGUGGCGGUGGAUUUGGAGGAGGCAAAGGUGGGGGAGGAGGUUUUGGUGGCGGGCAUUAA